AUGGCAGAUCACGAGAUUGACGCCGCAGAGGCGUCUUCGAAGCCUCAUCUCCCUUCCGCGGGUACGAGUCUCGUGGACCCACCCGCUGCUUCGACGGACGCUGCAGAGCAUACCGCGACGGUGCACGGUAGCGAUGAAGCUCCUCUUCCGCCGGCAACGACAGCAGAGACAGACGAAACGCAGCCAGAACUGCAAGAUCAAAAGCAGCAGCUUCCAGCAUCGGAAGAGAUCCGUGUACCGGACGCAGCUCCAGCAGAUGCAGCCGAAACAGCAGCAAGCGUGCCCGGCAUCACUGUCUCGGAUGCUUCCGACAGCGCUACAGUCGAUAGAAUCGGAGCAAACGAAGACACAGCAGCACCCUCAGACUCCCAGUCUGCAUCAUCAACGGCAGAAGCGACAGCAGCAACAGCAACAGAAGCACCCGAGCCUCCUUCCAAAGAUUCUUUACCACAGCCGGAUGCACGCCAGGUCAUUGUCGACAAAUCCACCGAGCCCUCAGCAGAUGACGCAGAAGAGAACCCUGCACCGCUUCCUGAACCUUCGAGCUCUCGCGUCAGCAUGGUCAGGAUGCGUCGCUCCUCGUCGGUCUCCACCACAGCUACCGCCGCCACCACCGUCCACUCGCGAUCCAGCCUCAAGAGCUUGAACAAGGGCAGUGCUGUCUUUGUCGUCUCGGCGCUCGAAACUCUCGCCAGCUCCAAAGAAGCUAAAAGGGACAAGGAGCUCAAGGAAGCCACCACUGCAGCCUUGGACAUGGUCAAGUCGGCCGCUGCGCACUCGCAUUCAGCCGAGCAAGAGCAGCCUGUCCUGGAUCCUCGCGUUGUCUUUGAGCCGCUCCGCCUCGCUUGCAGGACGCGCAGCAACAACCUCACCAUCACUAGUCUCGACUGCAUCAGCAAGCUCGUCAGCUACGCCUUUUUUGCAGAGGAUGACCCUACCCAGAUAGCCAGCGCCGUCAUUGCCGCCGGCCAGCCACCGCAGACACUCGCCGACCUCGUUACGGAGACCGUCUGCGAUUGCUACCACGAAAAUCUCGACGACAAGGUGGCACUGCAAAUCAUCAAGGCAUUGCUCGCCUCGGUACUUUCCACAACUGUGCACGUCCACCAGUCGAGCUUGCUCAAGGCAGUACGUACCGUCUACAACAUCUUCCUCAUGAGCAAGUCGCCUGCGAACCAGGCCAUUGCUCAGGGCAGUCUGACGCAGAUGGUGCACCACGUCUUUGCACGCGUGCCCCGUAGCGCUUCUGCUGGAUCUGGGGCAACUUCAACGUCCAACAGCACGUCUGACGUAACUCAGUCGCGGUCCAACGGCAACUCGGACACACACAAGGGUGAAGCAGGAGCGCAAUCCAGCGAGGACGCCGCUGAGACCAAUGGGCAGCACCCCUCCGACAAUGUGGGUGAUGCGAGUGCCGAAAAAAUCACGCUUCAAACCCUCGAGAACCGCAAGUCAUUCGAAGGCGCGUCGGAGCGCGACAACGCUAGCAGUCUCGCAAAUAUGAGCACAGCCGAGCUCUUUGUCAAGGAUGCCUUCCUCGUACUGCGCGCACUCUGCAAGCUCACCAUGAAGCCGCUUGGUGCAGAGAGCGAGCGCGAUCUCAAGUCGCAUGCGAUGCGCUCCAAGCUGCUCUCGCUGCACCUCAUCCUCACCAUCAUCCAGUCCCACAUGCCCAUCUUUACCGACCCCAGCGUCAUCAUCCACAGCACCACUACUGGCGAACAGACUCAGUUCGUUCAGGCGGUCAAGCAGUAUCUCUGUCUCAGUCUCAGUCGAAACGCCGUUUCGAGCGUCAACCAGGUGUUUGAGAUCAGCUGCGAGAUCUUUUGGCUCAUUCUGAAUGGAAUGCGCACCAAGCUCAAAAAAGAGAUCGAGGUGUUGCUCAACGAAAUCUUCCUGCCUAUUUUGGAGAUGCGCACGUCGACUGCAAAGCAGAAAUCCAUCCUGCUAGGCGUUCUCAUCCGCCUCUGCCAAGAUCCACAAGCAUUGGUGGAGAUCUACCUCAACUAUGACUGUGACAGGACCGCAUUGGACAAUAUCUACGAGCGAUUGAUGAACGUCGUCUCUAAGAUCUCGCAGACGCAUGUCUCCGCCACCGCAGACGGCAAAGCGGACAAGGACGCUGCCUCUUCGUCGGCUUCGACCUCGGGCAGCGCCUUGCCCAGAACGAAUGGUAGCGGCCCCGCAAUUCCACCCGCGCUCAGUACCGCCGCCGCUGGGGACACAUCUCACGACUCGGCACAAUCUUCGUCUGGUGCCAAUCAGUCGGUAGAGGCACGCCUGAAGCGACAAAGCCUCGACUGCCUCUGCUCAGUCCUGCAUUCACUGGUGGUGUGGUCCAACCGUGCCCCGGUUCCGUCCGAAGCGGCAGGCCAAUUCCUGAGUGGUCCUCCUGGCGACGGCACUGGCUCGCCUCGUGCCAGCGAAGACAUCCGCAUCGGCAACGAGACCGUCACUGUCGACAGCGAGAACCUUAUGGAAGCGAGCAACCAAGCCAGCCCUUCGAUCGGCCCGCACGGCUCGUCCUCUAACCUUGGUGCGGGCGCCGCAACCGAAAUCAACCGUGGCCAGACACCCGAGCCACAGGACGACCCGAGCCGCUUCGAGAAUGCCAAGCACCGCAAGACGAUCCUCCUCGAGGGCAUACGCAAGUUCAACUUCAAGCCCAAACGGGGCAUCGACGAUCUUGUCAAGAACGGAUUCAUUCGCUCGCGCGAGCCGACCGACAUUGCGCGGUUCUUGCUCUACGCCGAUGGCCUGAGCAAGGCACAGAUCGGCGAGUUUCUCGGUGAGGGUACACCGGAGAGCAACGCCAUCAUGCAUGCCUUUGUGGACAUGAUGAACUUUGAAGGCCUUGGGUUCACCGACGCGCUUCGCAGAUUCUUGCAGGCAUUUAGGCUCCCUGGAGAGUCGCAAAAGAUCGACCGAUACAUGCUCAAAUUCGCCGAGCGCUUCAUCCACGGCAACCCGAGUGCCUUUGCCAAUGCGGACACCGCCUACGUGUUUGCGUACUCGGUUAUUAUGCUCAACACGGACGCGCACAACCCACAAGUCAAGCACAGGAUGACGUUCAAGGACUUUGUCAAGAACAACUCGGGCAUCGACGAUGGCAAGAGUCUGCCGGAAGAGUACUUGCGUUCGGUCUAUGACGAGAUACAGACCAACGAGAUCAAGAUGAAGGACGAAGUGGCUGCGCCCGCGCCGGUCGCGCCGUCGUCGGGUCUGGCCAAUGCAAUUGCGACCGUCGGUCGAGAUCUGCAGCGAGAAGCGUGGGUGCUUCAAUCUGAGGGCAUGGCCAACAAGACCGAGGCGCUCUUCCGCACCAUGGUGCGCACUCAGCGGCGCAUUGGCCCUCAACAGCGUGCUGCCGCAGAGCAAUUCUUCUCCGCAUCGCACUUUGAGCACGUCAAGCCCAUGUUUGAGGUGGCGUGGAUGCCGUUCCUCGCCGGAAUCUCUGGUCCCAUGCAAGAGUCGGACGACGCCGAAGUUGUCGAGAGGUGCCUGGAGGGCUUCCGCGAUGCGAUCAAGAUCGUAUCCCUCUUCGGACUCGAGCUCGAGAGGAAUGCGUUCGUGACAACGCUGGCCAAGUUCACCUUCCUCAACAAUCUGGGCGAGAUGAAGAGCAAGAAUGUCGAAGCCAUCAAGACGCUGCUGGGCGUUGCGCACAGCGAGGGCAAUUACCUGAAAGGCAGCUGGAGGGAGGUGUUGACGUGUGUCAGCCAGUUGGAGCGCUUCCAGCUCAUCAGCGGUGGUAUGGAUGGUCGACAGUUGCCCGAUCUCGGCCGACGAAGCAAUGCUUUGUCCAACGCUGCUGCAGGUGCAAACGGCAGCAAGCCUCGUCAGCCUGCGUUGCCCAACAGCGAAGUGGUGCAGGCGGGCGGAUCGUCCGAGGUAACCGUCGCGGCAGACAUGGUCUUUUCCUCGAGCGCAUCGCUUUCAGGCACGGCGAUCGUCGACUUCGUGCAAGCCUUGUCCGAUGUCUCGUGGGAAGAGAUCCAAUCGUCCGGUCUUACUGAGCAGCCGCGAAUGUUCUCGCUGCAGAAGCUCGUCGAGAUCUCGUACUACAACAUGGGUCGUAUCCGUAUGGAGUGGUCCAACAUCUGGGCCAUUCUUGGCGAGCACUUCAACAUGGUCUGCUGUCAUCCCAACGUCCACGUUUCCGCGUUUGGGCUCGACUCGCUUCGUCAGCUGGCGAUGCGCUUCUUGGAGAAAGAGGAAUUGCCUCACUUCAAAUUCCAGAAAGACUUCCUCAAGCCGUUCGAGAUCACGAUGCAGCGCAACAGGAAUGUCGAGGCGAAGGAGAUGGUGCUGCAGUGUCUCGAGCAGAUGAUCCAGUCGCGAGCGGACAACAUCCGCUCCGGAUGGAGGACCAUGUUUGGUGUGUUCGGCGCUGCGUCUGUUGCGCCAUCGGAGCGGGUAUCUGCGUAUGCGUUCGACCUGGUUCGCCAGCUCGAUGCCAAACAUCUGGGCGCCAUCAUCGUCAAUGGCUCGUUUGCCGAUUUGUGCAUCUGCGCCACGCACUUUGCCAAGGCCAACAAGCAGAAGAUCAGCCUGCAGGCCACCGAGCUGCUCCGUGGGUUGGUCGCGUCGAUGCUCAACGCCAAAGAAUGCCCUAUCCAGGAAGGUGGGGAUCCUGGGCCGGCGGCGAGCACGCCUAUGUCGGACGAUCCCAUGGUGCGAUUCUGGUUCCCUGUGCUGUUUGCCUUCCACGACAUUAUCAUGACGGGCGACGAUCUCGAGGUACGCCGUGUCGCGCUCGAUAGUCUGUUCUCGAUCCUCAAGCAGUACGGCCGCUCGUUCCGGCCCGACUUUUGGGAUACCGUGUGUCAAGAGAUCCUGUUCCCCAUCUUUGCCGUGCUGCGCUCGCGCCAGGACGUGACGCGCUUCUCGUCGCACGAGGAUAUGUCAGUGUGGCUCAGCACCACGCUCAUCCAGGCGCUGCGCAACUUGGUCGAUUUGUGGACGUUCUACUUCGAAACGCUAGAGCGACUGCUGCCGGGGCUGUUGGAUCUGCUGUGCGCAUGCAUCUGCCAGGAGAACGAUACGUUGGCAAGGAUCGGCACGAGCUGUCUGCAGGGGUUGCUCGAGAAGAAUGUGAGGAAGUUAAGCGAAGAGAAGUGGGCAUUGGUGGUGGACACUUUUUUGCAGUUGUUUAGGACUACGACUGCGCACCAGCUGUUUGAUCCGGUGCUGAGGGCGGAUGCGUUUUCGGCGGCUCCGGUCGAGUCUCCGCAGGAUGUUGCAGCUAUUGGAGCGAAUGGGUUCCAGCAACCCAAUCCGCUCUCCCCCGGUCCUAGUGACGCCCAGCAGCUACCCGAGCCGGCUAACGGCGGCGAACACGCAGCACCGCCGGCAGUGGCACGAGCCGGCGCUGUCCAACCCAUGUCGGGCUCGGACCGUCGACGCGCGUUCAAACAGAUCAUUGUCAAGUGCGUGCUGCAACUGCUGCUGAUAGAGACGACGCACGAGCUGCUGCAGAACGAAGAGGUGUACCGCACCAUGCCAGCGCCUCAGCUGCUGCGACUCACAGGAGUGCUCGAAGACUCGUACACGUUCUCGAAGCGGUUCAAUGCAGACAAGGAUCUGCGCGUCGCCCUGUGGAAGGUUGGUUUUAUGAAGCAGCUGCCGAACCUGCUCAAGCAGGAGUCAAGCUCGGCGGCGACGCUGGUGCACAUCCUCGUGCGCAUGCAUGGCGAUUCGCGCGCCGAGCAUGUUGCCCUGCAAGCGCAGAUCCGCGAGAAACUUGUGCCGCUGGGGUACGAUAUCGUGUGCGGGUUCUUGCCGUUGGAUCCCGAGACACAGGCACGGAACAUCGCCGCUUGGUCGCCCGUCGUCGGCGAGAUCUUUACGGGCAUCUGCACGUUCGACGACGAACAGGAUGGGCAGAAGGUGUUUACGCAGCACAGCUGCGAGUUCUACGCGCUCGCCGUAGAGCUGCUGUCCAAGGAGCCGCUGCCUGGUGAGAUCGCCGAGGCGCUCCGGGUGUUCCUGUACAAAGUCGGCGUUACGCGUGGCAUGAUCGAUCCGUUCAAGGAGGAGGAGCGCCGCAGGAGGAUCGUCGAUGGCAAGGAGAAGGAGAAGCUGCUGGGCGAGGGCAUGAGGAGGGUCAGUGUGCAGGGUCUGCCGGCCGGACAUGGCGAGCAGUGA